AUGGCGGCGGAACCGGUGGAACCUCCCCCUUUAUUCGAGAAUGUCGAUAUUCUCGCUGAGAAAGACGACGAUCUAUUCGUAUCGGCGCACCAGGAGAUAGUGUCACAGUAUGAAGACAUUUCUGAAGACUUGAAUGGUACUCAAGACCGCCUUGCAAGAAUGAACGUCACCGAGCCAAAAGGCGAAAUGGAAAAUAUACCGAUCAACAAUGGGUCUAGUCGCACUCCGAGUAUGGAGCAGGUACCUUCCAAGCCAGAGAUUUCAGAGGAAGAUGACUUCCUGGAAAUCCAUAUUACUGAACCUGCCAAAGUAGGAGAUGGUAUGGGUGCUUACAUGGCAUAUAGAGUGACCACAAAGACCAAUAUGCCCAUGUUCAAGAGGAGAGAGUUUUCUGUCACAAGGAGAUUCAGUGAUUUCCUGGGUUUGCAUGAUAAACUCACUGAGAAGUACCUCAAAAUUGGAAGGAUCAUACCACCAGCACCAGAAAAAAGUGUAAUAGAUUGGAACAAAGGUACCACGAAAAUGAAAAUGUCCAGUCAAGACGGACAAACGAACGGCAACGAUUUCGUAGAGAGGAGGAGAGCUUCAUUAGAGCGGUUCUUGAGAAGGACGUCCCAACAUCCUGUCUUGGUCUUAGAUCCAGAUUUCAGGGAGUUCCUCGAAUCUGAUGUUGAUUUGCCAAAGGCUACAAGCACUUCUGCUUUGAGUAGUGCUGGGGUCAUGAGGCUGUUCAACAAAGUCGGGGAAACAGUCAACAAAAUAACGUAUAAGAUGGACGAAACAGAUCCUUGGUUUGAGGAAAAAUUGCUGCACGUGGAAUCACUGGAAACGCAGCUGAGGAAACUUCACGGCAGCGUGGAGGCGAUGGUCGCCUACAGGAAGGAGUUGGCCCAUCUGACCAACGGAGUUGCUAGAUCCGCUGCCCAACUCAGCGCCUGCGAGGACCACAACUCCCUUUCCAGGGCGUUGUCUCAGCUUGCAGACACAGAAGAAAAAGUGGAAGCUUUGCACUUGGAGCAGGCCAACACGGAUUUCUUCAUUCUCUGCGAACUGCUGAAAGACUAUUUGGGCCUGUUGGGGGCCGUCAGAGACGCCUUCCACGAGCGGACGAAGCUCUUCCAACAUUGGCAACAUUCGCAGCAGAUGUUGGCGAAAAAGCGCGAGGCCAAACUGAAAUUGGAACUUGCCAAUAGAACGGACAAAAUGGACCAAGCCAAUUCGGAAGUUAUCGAGUGGGAAUCAAAGGUAGAACGUGGUCAAGAGAACUUUGAUCGAAUUUCUCAGAUGAUCAAAAAGGAAAUCGAGAGAUUCGAAAAAUGCAGGAUUCAUGACUUCAAAGUGAUGUUCAUCAAAUACUUGGAGAAUCAUUUGGAACAUCAAGCACAACUCAUAAAAUACUGGGAGGCGUUCCUUCCCGAAGCCAAAUCGAUUGCCUGACUAGAGGAUAUCUGCAAAGAAUAGCAGCGUGUACAUUCCUAUUGGAGGUUUCCGGAAAUAUGAAUUUACCUCACCGCUUUCUCUCUACCCUUUCCGGAAUCUUCCUUUCUUUGUGUUUUUGUUUUUGUUUACCUAUCAUCCAUAG